CCGAUCUUCGGUGGCUUAAUGAUGUCACAGGCGAAGCAAUAUCAUUUGUGGAACUCAUGUUCUGCACAAUCACAAUCCUGCCUAGCAGACUCGAAGGCGAUAUACUCCAGACAAUCUAUUUGUUGCGCGAACGGUUACAAAUACGACACUUCGGUUUCAUACUGACAUCACCGAAGCAUGAAGGGACUUUUUAUCAAUACCUAAGCCUCAACCGCCAUAGUUUUUUUUAAUUAAUCAGAAUAUGUCCAUAAUCGAGUUAUCAUACCAUGAGUGGUUACGAACUGCCAUCAGUAGGUGAUCUUAAGCGUGCCGCAGCAGCCGGCCAGCGUAUAACACCGGAAGAUGUGUCUGUGAUCGCGCAAGCCGAGAGCGAACUUACAGGUACCGGACCUGUUAAGGGUGGACCAGCAGCUACGGCCCAUAGUUUAGCUUCUCGGCAGAUGAACUUCGAUACGAAACUUGAUGAGUUAUCGAGGAAGCCGCAAAGUCACAUCACACAGUUGGAUGCGAAAGAAAUCCAAUCUACAGAGGCUCGCGCGUUUAAUGCACCGCCUGGACCAGGCUCGGUGUCUGCUCAGGUUCGCUCCAUAGCCGAUAGAAAUGAAGCCCUGGGACUGCCACCAGUCAUGGACCCUGGUGCUGUAUAUAUCACGAAGGAUGAGGCCAGUGAAGCGCAAAGUGCUGAGUCGAGGCUAUGGGGUGGGCAAGUCCCUAGAGGAAGUUAUGCAGCUCUGAUGCAGAGUGCUGCAGAUAAAAUUGAGCAUGUCAAACACUGCGGAGACUGAAUACAAAAGAGAGAAGAAAUGCAUUGACUGGUCCAGACGGAGACUAGGUUACUAUCUAACCUUCUAUGUGAAUACUGCUCUACAGACUAUACAUUUGAAUAGCGAAAAGCCCUUUUACUAGGCUCAAGGAUGUGAGAUAGGCACUGUAUC